GGGCUCAAAUAUUUCAAACUCCUUUGACAAAGUUUUUAUUUCUUUUAAAAACUCUGUAAAGGAUGUGGACGGCGUGCAGCACGGCCAUGCUUCGCCUGCUCAAAGGCGUCCUGUUGUUUUCUUGUCUUAGUUCAGCUCUUCCCUCUAAAAAUGAUUCCACGCCUCUCCUGCGAACGUUUUCGGGUCACUUUGUAACGGGGAAGGAUCCGUCGGCAGAGGAUAUCGACCUGGACGUCCUGGGUGGAAGUGGAGGUUCAGGCAUGGAGGUGGAGGAGGAGGCUGGAAAAUGGCACGGCCAUCACAGCCAGCGCCGCCAUCCUCAGGAGCAGUUCUUUGUCUCAGAGGAAGCCAAAGGGUUUCUCCAGGGUCGCCUAGCAACAACCUUUGUCCCAACCGUUUACACCCUGGUCUUCAUCAUCAGUGUACCUCUCAACCUUGUUGCCGUGGGGAUGUUUGUGCGUUACAUCCAUCCCAGGAAGGCAGCAGUGAUCUACAUGCUGAACUUGGCCUGUGCUGAUCUGCUUUUUGGCCUGUUUCUCCCCUUCAAAAUAGCCUACCAUUACCAUGGUAACAACUGGAUCUAUGGCUCCUUCAUGUGCAGACUAGUCACAGCAUCCUUCCACUGCAACAUGUACUGCUCCGUCCUGCUGGUCACAUGCAUCAGCAUCGACCGUUUCCUGGCCGUGGUCUACCCCAUGGACUCUCUGAAGUGGCGCAGCCCUCAGACCGCUGCAGCUGUGUGUGCCGCCAUGUGGCUCGUAUCCCUGGGUGGUGUCUUCCCCCUCCUCAUGUCAACACAGACCGUACGUUUGUCAGAUCUGGGAAUCACCACCUGUCAUGAUGUGCAGGGUGUGGAAAAGCUGCAAGGUUUCUACCUCUACUUCUUUCCCGUCUACUCCGCUGUCUUCUUCUUCCUGCCUCUCAUCUUCACUGCGGUUUGUUACACACGCAUCCUUCAGACUCUGGCAGAAGGUAGCGCGGAGAACCGCUCCAAGAGGACCCGCGCCAUGGUCAUGGCUGGGAUGGUGCUGCUGGUGUUUGUGGUCUGUUUCACUCCCACCAACAUCAUCCUGAUGGUUCAUUACGUCCAGCUGGCCCACAGCUCCGGUGACGGCUCCUACCAGGCCUACCUGCUCUCCGUGUGCAUGGGCAGCAUCAGCUGUUGUCUGGACCCACUCCUCUAUUACUUUGGCUCAUCUCAGUGUCGGAAGCAGGUGAUGACACUGUUCGGAUGUAGACGACCAGCGCAGAGCAGCUUGGAGGCGCAAAGCACCAGAGCGGACGGAUCAACCAACAGCAAGAUGGAGAGCAGUCAGACCGGUCCGGGCAGCCAUUACAGCAGGCUGGAGGCCUGAAGAAAGCUGCAGGAUGUUCCAUGGUCGAAUUUUGUUUUUUAGUCUGCAUGUUGACCACUUGAAAAAUUGUAGUCAUUGGUUUUGCACUGAGGUUAUGUGUGUUGGCCUGACUAGUGUUAUAAAUAUUUUAAUAUAAUUCACUGAAUAAUUCUUUUCAUGGUUUUCUUUAUUCUAUAAGGAGGAGAAAUCUUUAGCGUCUUUCUUUAAAUCUGUAAAUAAUUUAUAACACAAAUGUUACACUCCUCUUUGUUAAAGAACUGUAAAAAGUGUUUACAUUAUGUCUUUAUUCAUGUGAUGUACAGGCAGAAAAAGCGUUUGACUUUUUCUCACUUGAUGGAUCUCAAUAGUGAAACUACAUCCAAAUAGAAAAAUAUGUUUAUUUUAUGAGUUUACAACUUAGCCUAAAAAUGAUCAAAUGUGGCUAUUUCUCUGCAGAAUCUGAGUUUUUGGGGGGGGGGUUAAGGGGAGAUACAUUUUUUUUUGUCAAAACAGAAUAAAGGGAAUAUACUGUUUAUUUACUUCUAUCAUUUAUUCUCUCUUUAAUAAAUGUUUUAAUCUA